CCCCCAUGUAGCUAGGAAGUGGAACCUGGGGGUAGGGGGACCCCUGGGAGUCCGAAGGAAGGGCGAGGAGGACGCAGAACUCGGGUUUCUGCUCCUGCUACCCAGGGCCCGACUCCUCAUCCUUUCCCCUCCUGCUACCAUGCACCCUGCGGCCUUCCCGCUUCCUGUGGUUAUGGCCGCUGUGUUGUGGGGAGCGGCCCCCAUCCGGGGGCUCAUUAGAGCGACCUCGGAUCACAACGCCAGCAUGGAUUUUGCAGACCUUCCGGCUCUAUUUGGGGCUACCUUGAGCCAAGAGGGACUCCAGGGCUUUCUUGUGGAGGCUCAUCCAGCUAAUGCCUGCAGCCCUAUUGCCCCACCACCCCCAGCCCCGGUCAAUGGGUCAGUCUUUAUUGCACUGCUUCGAAGAUUCAACUGCAACUUUGACCUCAAGGUCUUAAAUGCUCAGAAGGCUGGGUAUGGUGCAGCUGUUGUACACAAUGUGAAUUCCAAUGAACUUCUCAGUAUGGUGUGGAAUAGUGAGGAAAUCCAGCAGCAGAUCUGGAUCCCAUCCGUGUUUAUUGGGGAAAGGAGUUCUGAGUACCUGCGUGCCCUCUUUGUCUACGAGAAGGGGGCUCGAGUGCUCCUGGUUCCCGACAAUAGUUUCCCCCUGGGCUAUUACCUUAUCCCUUUCACAGGGAUUGUAGGACUGCUGGUUUUGGCCAUGGGAACAGUGAUGAUAGUUCGUUGUAUCCAGCACCGGAAACGACUUCAGCGGAAUCGCCUUACCAAAGAGCAGCUGAAACAGAUUCCCACACAUGACUAUCAGAAGGGAGACCAGUAUGAUGUCUGUGCCAUCUGCCUGGAUGAGUAUGAGGAAGGGGACAAGCUGAGGGUGCUCCCUUGUUCUCACGCCUACCAUAGCCAUUGUGUGGACCCUUGGCUCACUCAGACCCGGAAGACUUGCCCCAUAUGCAAGCAGCCUGUCCAUCGGGGGCCUGGUGAAGAGGAUCAGGGGGAAGAAACUCAGGAGCAAGAGGGUGAUGAAGAGCAAGGAGACACUAGGGACCACCCUGCCUCAGAACGAACCCCACUCCUGGGCUCCAGCCCCUCUCUCCCGACAUCCUUUGGCUCCCUAGCCCCAGCCCCCCUUGUUUUUUCUGGGUCUACUACAGAUGUCCCACCUUCUCCUUCUACCUCUAGUGUCAUCCUAAUCUAA